CUACGUCGAAACAAGAAGUGAGUGCGUCAAACUAUAACUUUGUUUCUUAUUAAGACACACAAGAGGUGUGGGAAGAAGUGUAGUGUAGAUCAUAGAACCAGCUCAACUCCGUGUUAGUUCACGGCCUGACGAAUUCUGUUCUCAACAUGCUGUUCUUGCUACUCCUACUGGCAUCCACAGGAAAUUGCCAGGUUCAGUAUGUGCCGGGUCAGAUGAAAAAUGACUCGUGUGCAUGUGAGGUGAACACCAACGUGUGGCUGUUCCCUGCAAAUAAGUACGAGGCCUCACUGCAACAAGUUGAAUCUUGUGAUGAUUCCCUUAAGAAGCUCCAAGAGCAGGUGCAUCAGUCAAAACAGCGUCUCCCUGAGAUUCAUGAAGUGGUUGAGAACAUAACAGGGCGGCUGGAGCCUUUCCAGUACCUACAUUAUAAGGGCCUCUAUUCUGCCUUGUCUCUGCGUCAGUUGGGUGAAGAACUUGACAAGCUCGAGGCUGACAUUAACAGCAUGUCCUUUCAAGUGAACAAUGAUGAAUCAACAAAACUCUCAAAAGAGGUCCAGAAGCUGCGAAGAGAUGUUGACAUGAUGCAUAUGGCGGACUCAAUCAACAUAAAGGCUGUAAAAGAAAAACUACGUUACUUGAAAAACAGCGUUGAGUCAUGCUUGUCAAUCCCCAAAGAUUUCAAAGGUCAGCAAAGGUAUUGCCUUAAGGGCCUUAUGAUGAACAUCAGUGCACCGGUCAUAACUAAAGUCAGUCCAUAUGGUAAAAACAUCAUCUCUGGCUCAUGGGGCCAACAAGCCUUUGCAGAUAGCGAAGGCCUGAAGAACAUUUUCUGGAUUCAGCCUUUGCUGCACAGCCACAUCUCAGGCAAUAUCAUUAGAACCUACCAAUCCUACGAAGACUUCAUGGCCGCUGCUAACCACAAAGAUUUUACUGUAGCUCCAUCCAACAUCCAUCCCAAUACUGUUGAAGGCCCCAGUGCCGUCCUGUAUGGAGAGGCUGUGUACUAUCACUGCUAUGACUCUCCAUCUAUCUGCCGGUACGAUUUCAACAGCAAGGCUGUCACAAGGGUCGAACUUCCCGGAAUUGGGAAGAAUCACAGAAAAUUCCCUUAUUGUUACUUUGACUGUCGGGCCAAUAGUGAUGUGGACGUGGAGGUUGAUGAGACAGGGCUGUGGGUCAUCUAUGCCACCUUUGGUAGCCAUGGUAACAUCAUGGUAAGCAAACUAUCCUGGGAUAAUGAAGCUAAAAUCCUCAAUAUCACACGGACGUGGGAAACAAGGCUGUUCAAGAAGGCAGCAAGCAACGCUUUUAUGUCAUGUGGUGUGUUGUAUGCUACCCGCUUUUUGGAUGAUUACCAUGAAGAGGUGUUCUAUGCUUUUGAUACAGAGACAGGUAAAGAGGACAACACACUCACACUGCGAAUGGAGAAGAUCGGUAAGGGAGUUGCCAGCCUGAGUUACAACCCAACUAACAGGCAGCUUUACAUGUUUAACGAUGGAUACCUUCUUGCCUACCAAGCCCACUUCUAAUAUUUGACACAAAGCUAAAAUAGUGCUACAAAAAUAUGCAACACACAUCAAACAUCUAUUCCGCAUGAGAGGGCUUGCUUCAAACAAGGGGUGCCCAAGAACCGUCGUCGAGAUCCCCAAUUCAGAUCCUCUUCCAACACACCUGAUUCAAAUGAUCAGGAUUGUUAUCGGGCUUCUCAGAGCUUGCUGAUGAGAGGAUAGUUUAAAUCAGGUGUGAUGGACGAGAGAAAGACUGUCUGGAUAGGCGAUCUCGAGGACUCGACUUGGGCACCCCUGCUCUAUUUUCAGAGGGUCAUCUGAGUUACUGACUACUCUGUCUUCACUCGAAUCUCAGACCUUACCGUAGUCUAUCACUAACCGAUGCUAAUGUUGUCAUAAACUCAUAACUAGGGUUAAAAUUUGUAUUAAAACAUUCCUAUCUCAUCAACAUUUUAACGAGCUCACGUUUGAUGGCAAUAAAUCCAAAAUAUUGAGCAGAACGCUUUUAUAUUUUCACAUGAAGUGGAGAAGAGUAGGAAUGUGCAUAUACAUUUUGGUGGUGUUUGGUCACUGUUUCUGACAACCAAGCAAUAAUACAAUGCUUGCCUCCCUCUUAUGUUGUAGACAGGCUGAGAUGAGGGGGAGUCAUGCACCAGAAGUGUGCCAAACAAUCUGUGCCAAAAGUCAUUAAAACACAAAAACAAAUUUUCAAUCAUUACAGAUUCUUUUUUUUUUUUUUUU